UGGUACGCAACCUACACCAACACUGACGCCAUUGAACCGCGCUUGACGAAUUAUCAAUAAUCAUUGCCUAAUGAUAGGUGAAGAGGAACGCAUGCACCAGUGUGGGGAAUGCGGGCUGACGCUGUCAACCCGCAGCGCACUCACCGCCCACGCCCGCUCGCACCGCGUCGCUGCCGAUGCCCACCGCUGCGACGUCUGUCACAAGACCUUCGCCGUGCCGGCGCGGCUCGUCCGCCACUACCGGACCCACACGGGCGAAAGACCUUUCGAGUGCGAAUACUGCCACAAGAUGUUCAGUGUUAAGGAGAAUUUGCAAGUUCACCGAAGAAUUCAUACCAAGGAGCGGCCGUACCGCUGCAGCGUUUGCGGCGCCGCCUUCGAACACUCGGGAAAACUUCAUCGUCAUGCCCGCAUUCACACGGGCGAGAGACCACACGCUUGCCAGCACUGCCAUAAAACCUUUAUUCAGUCCGGCCAGCUAGUCAUUCAUAUGAGAACGCACACAGGAGAAAAACCAUACCGCUGUCCGGCGCCGGGCUGCGGGAAGGGGUUCACGUGUUCGAAGCAGCUCAAGGUGCACUCUCGCACCCACACCGGCGAGCGGCCCUACACUUGCGAUAUCUGUCUGCGAGACUUUGGAUACAACCACGUGCUCAAGUUACACCGCUUUCAGCACUACGGCGAGCGCUGUUACCGAUGCACGGUCUGCGACGGUACCUUUAACACGAAGAAGCAAAUGGAAGCUCACAUAUACAAAGAGCACGGAGCGGAAACACCUCGAGCGGCUGCAUCGUUAUCUACCGUCCCUGUUGCCGGCAACGGCAACCCGAUGUGUGACCUCGUGAAGGUGGCCUUGCAGCAGAUGCCACCGACGCCGCCGAGCUCGCCGCCGUCGCCGCCUUGCACCAUCACGGUCGUUCCUGCUGCCGCCGCCUCGCCGGCCAUCGUCCCUGCAGCCGACCCCGCGCCCGCACCCAUAGUCACCCCAACCCCAGCCUCCACUCCAUCUCCGUCCCCCUCGCCCCCCACGACCAACCUACAAUUCACUCUCGCUCCUUCCUCUCUCCCUCCUAGAAAGCGAAAGCUUAUUCCUUAUCACGAUUCGUUGUCCGCGUCCGCGUCCGCGCCGGUGUCGGUGCCCGCGGUGCGCCACACGUCGGUGAUACAAUUCGCGCCGCCCGCCGCCGCCGGCCUCUCCUAGCAUCACUUACGUUUCAAUUUGUAAUUAAAUGUUACAUGUUAGUCGUAAGAUUUCUAAUUGAAGGCUGUAUAUGAGGAUGGUAGUGUUUGUUAAUUUGUACUGUUUAGUAUGGUGUAAAUGUGGUUAUUUGCAAAUUUUCCAAAUAUGGUACGUGCAAGAAUGGUUGUUUCUAUCUAUAACUUGGUAAAAGACUAAUUAGUUUUUUAAUUAGAUUAAUU